AUGGGCAACACAUGCCGUGGAUCAUUCGGGGUCAGACCUUUUCAGGGCUACACUCAGCCCGAAGACCAAUCAAACUCCAAACACAAAUCAUCACCCGGCCGCUCUAACUCCUCUAACAGCUACUCCCCGACGAGCCUAACCUCUCAACACCUCGUCGCUCAAGAAUUCUCCAAAAAAAGCAAAAAAGACUCGAAUUUGCCGCCUCCCGUUAGCUCAAAGAAAGAAUAUAGCACCAUGAGCCGCGGCUCGACUAACCAAGCUUACUUCGUGUUGGGUCAUAAAACCCCGAAUAUCCGUGAUCUUUACGUAUUGGGCCGUAAAUUGGGUCAAGGCCAAUUCGGCACGACUUAUUUAUGCACAGAGAUCUCAACUGGUGUAGAAUAUGCUUGUAAAUCGAUAUCAAAGCGAAAGUUGAUCUCAAAAGAGGAUGUUGAAGAUGUGAGAAGGGAGAUUCAGAUAAUGCAUCAUUUGUCGGGGCAUAAGAAUAUAGUUACAAUUAAGGGUGCGUAUGAAGAUCCUUUGUAUGUUCAUAUUGUGAUGGAACUCUGUGCCGGGGGAGAAUUGUUCGACCGUAUAAUUCAAAGGGGACAUUACAGCGAGCAUAAAGCAGCCGAGCUGACAAAGAUCAUUGUUGGGGUUGUUGAGGCGUGUCACUCGCUUGGGGUCAUGCACAGAGACCUUAAACCGGAGAAUUUCUUGUUGGUUAAUAAGGAUGACGAUUUCUCUCUUAAAGCUAUUGAUUUCGGGCUUUCGGUUUUCUUCAAGCCAGGUCAGAUUUUCAAGGAUGUGGUCGGGAGCCCAUAUUACGUGGCGCCUGAGGUUCUUUCGAAGCAUUAUGGCCCAGAAGCAGACGUGUGGACAGCAGGAGUUAUAGUCUAUAUAUUGCUUAGUGGUGUACCUCCUUUUUGGGCUGAGACUCAGCAGGGAAUAUUCGAUGCUGUGUUGAAAGGACAUAUUGAUUUUGAAUCUGACCCUUGGCCACUAAUAUCAGAAAGUGCUAAGGAUCUUAUUCGAAAGAUGCUAUGCAUGAAACCAUCCGAGCGGUUGACUGCUCAUCAAGUAUUAUGUCAUCCGUGGAUAUCUGAACAUGGCGUUGCACCUGACAGAGCCCUAGAUCCAGCUGUUCUUUCUCGUCUCAAACAAUUUUCUGCAAUGAAUAAGUUAAAGAAAAUGGCUUUACGGGUAAUAGCUGAAAGCUUGUCAGAAGAGGAAAUUGCAGGCUUAAGAGAGAUGUUUACAACUAUGGACACUGAUAACAGUGGAGCAAUCACAUUUGAUGAACUCAAAGCUGGUUUAAGAAAAUAUGGAUCUACUUUAAAGGAUACAGAAAUACGUGAUCUUAUGGAUGCGGCCGACGUAGACAAUAGUGGGACCAUUGACUACGGAGAAUUUAUAGCAGCCACAAUUCAUUUGAAUAAACUCGAACGUGAAGAACAUCUUUGGGCUGCAUUCCAAUACUUUGACAAAGAUGGAAGUGGCUAUAUUACAGUCGAUGAACUUCAACAAGCUUGUGUAGAACACGGGAUGACAGAUGUUCCAUUGGAAGACAUUAUCAAAGAAGUUGACCAAGAUAAUGAUGGUAGGAUUGAUUAUGGAGAAUUUGUUGCCAUGAUGACAAAAGGCAAUGCUGGUGUUGGGAGGCGAACAAUGAGAAACAGCUUAAAUAUAAGCAUGAGGGAUAGUCCCCGAGCUUUCUAG